AUGGAUCUGCCCGAGUCUUUCGGGCAGCUUGGGAAGCUGAGGGAGCUGAUUGUGCAUGCGUGCUACGACCUGGAUUACCUCCCAGACUCCUUCUCCAACCUCUCUUCACUGGAAACUCUGGAGAUAUAUGGUGCGCCCUAUCUUGAAGAGUUGCCUCCGGGGUUUGAGAAGCUGCCGCAGCUGAGUAGAUUGGAGCUGUUUAACUGUGCCAUCGGGGGAUUACCUGACGAGCUGGUGCCUCAUGCUGUGCCCAUCAGGCUGGUGCCUCAUGCUGUGCCCAUCAGGCUGGUGCCUCAUGCUGUGCCCAUCAGGCUGGUGCCUCAUGCUGUGCCCGUCAGGCUGGUGCCUCAUGCUGUGCCCAUCAGGCUGGUGCCUCAUGCUGUGCCCAUCAGGCUGGUGCCUCAUGCUGUGCCCAUCUCCCUUCCACGCUCCCUGACCUCCAUUUCCAUUUCAGACACCUUUGAGAAGGCUCGCUUCCUCCCAUACUUCUUUCUUUCUCUCAACCGCCUCACUAGUCUGAAAAUCCACGGCCUCCAAUCCCUCGAGCAGCUGAUAGCCCCUCCUACCUUGUACCAAAUUCCAGCCGAAAGGGAGGGGGAAGCCAUGCCUCAUGUUCCUCCUGAGAUCACCAGUCCUAGGCUCCCCGAAUCCAGUGCGCAAGCUAGAUUGGAGCUCCUUUCCUCUCUCACCUGCCUCCACAUCAGCCAUACCAGGUUGCCUUCGCUCCCAGAUAACCUGAGUGAUCUGAGUGGGCUGAAAGUACUUGUUCUAGAGGAGUGCCCUGCCAUGCCACUCCUUCCUGCCUGCCUCUCCGACCUUUCCAAUCUCGAACGGCUGGACAUCAAGUCGCUCCCGCUGCUUACCCACCUGCCCGAAAACUUGGGGCAGCUGAAGGUUCUCAGCUUGCAUCUUGAAUCAUGCAAGGACUUGCAAGGCCUUCCUCCUUCCCUCACUCUCAUGACCUCCCUCAUAUGCCUGAGCAUCGUUGACUGUCCCCGGAUCACCAGCCUCCCAGAUUCCAUCUCCUCCCUCUCCCACCUCGCAUCCCUGAAGCUCGAGCACCUGCGUGGUCUGCAGCACGUUCCGCCCACUCUCCCCCUCCUGCCGUCCCUUGUCAAGCUUUCGCUACGAGGGUGCACUGGAUUACGUGGAUCUGGGCAGUUUGUCCUGUCUGAGGGAGGUGGAUCUGGACAGGUGCUCGCGGCUAAAGGUGCUGCCACAGUCGCUUCUGGACAGGCAGAAUGUGAUUGA